GGGGGUGGCGGUGGCGGUUUGCGUCCGUUUUGCGUGUCACUAUGGCUGAGUAACUGUGGUCGGUGGGCCAGCAGUCAUUGUGGCCGGAAUCGGGUGUCAUUGUGGCCUGAAUCGGGUGUCACUAUGGCCGGAGUCACUUUGGCCAGAGUCACUGUGGCCAAAGUCACUGUGGCGGUGGGGCAGCCACUGUGGUCGGUGGGGCAUUCACUGUGAUUGGUGAGGUCACUUUGGGCGGAGUCACUUUGCUCGGAGUCACUUUACACUGCAGGAUUAAUUGUGAUGUUGGUCACAUUUUUAGAAUUUUUAAAAAUAGAUCACUUUUCUAUCUUUUAUCCUAUUUUUAGUAAUAUUGAAAUAAAAAGGCCUAUUUUUUGCCCCCUAGGUGCAACUUCUUAAACUUGUGAGUUAGUAAUCAUCUUGCCAUUGAAAUUCAACUAUCUUCCGGGUUCGGAAUCAAAGAGAAACAAGCAGCUUUGAAAACAUUCUCAGCAAGACUGAAAAAUGGAGGAAAUCUCGCAAUCAUCCGCGCCACCACUUGAUUCCCUCAAACUGUCCCACAAGAUUACCGAAGUCGCCGCCGGAGAAGCUCACACUCUCGCUCUCACCGCGGAUGGGAGCGUUUAUUCUUGGGGAAGAGGAUUUUUUGGCCGGCUCGGCACUGGAUCGGAGCUCGACCAGAUGUUUCCUGUCAGAGUUGAGUUUGGCUCUACGGCUGUUAAGAUUGUGGCUAUUGCGGCUGGAGCUUAUCACAGUCUCGCGCUUGCAGAUGAUGGGUCUAUUUGGGGAUGGGGUUAUAAUUUAUGUAUCCUUCAGUUUUUUUUCUUUCGCAAAUAGCCCCUCUGCAUCUACUUUAUAGCUAAAGGAUUAUUCGUCAUUACUAUUUUAAAAUCCCUGACUGAUACAUGGACGACCAACUUGGUGCAAAUGGAGAAAAUUCGCUAGCUCCUCGUUUACUAGAAGGAUUCAUUGGGCUGGGUUCCCUCAAUGCCUCAAGAGAGGAACCAGAAAAGAAGAAAUUAAUGAUUUCUUCUGUUAAAGCCGGAGCAAUGAUGUCUCUAGCAAUUGACAGUCUAGGAGGUCUCUGGAUAUGGGGCAACUGCCCUCAGCCACAACAAGACAAGCCAGUUGAUGCUAAAUUUUCUAUCGCAUGCACUCCUAAUCCAACACCUGUAUGGAGCUUUCAUCGGCACACUGUUGUUAAGGUGGCAUGUGGAAAUGAGCAUAUUGUGGCAUUGGUUACCACAGGGGAAACGUAUGAAGGGGAUAAUGAUCUUGUGUGCUAUUCUUGGGGUGGAAACAGUCAUGGUCAAUUAGGUUUGGGGGAUAAAGAAAGCCGAAUCUUUCCGGAAAUUGUCAAACCCUUUAAUUCCCAAUCCCCUUGGACCGUUUAUGAGGUGGCAUGUGGGGCUUUCCACACAGCUUUACUAUCAAAGAAAACCCAAAAUGGCGUAUUGGAAAGUGUUUGCUGGACAUUUGGCCUAGGUGACAAUGGGCAAUUAGGUCAUGGCACUAACCAAAGCCAUUUAUCCCCCGAACCAGUGAGAGAAUUGCCAAGAAGUGCGACUCUCAUUUCAAUUGACUGCGGCUUGUUCCACACCAGUCUUAUCUCAUCAGCUGGAGAUGUUUGGUCAUGGGGAAUGCAAAAAGGCAUGGGUCUAUGCCCCGAUACAAGGUUCACCGGAGAUGAAACUGGCGAUGCAAUGUUGCCUGUAUUGAUCCAUUGUGAAAAUGGGCAUAAUAAGUUUCAAGAACCUGUCCAAAUUGUCUGUGGUGCAGCCCAUACAGUUCUCCUUUCAGAUUCUGGGUACAAGAUCUGGUCGUGGGGACGGGGACGGAGUGGGGUACUUGGAACUGGUCAAACAACUGAUACUUUCAUUCCAAUUCCCGCAAUGUGGCCCCCGCCUCUAGAUGAAUAUAAGAGCAAAGAAAGUGAAGAAGAAAUGAAACCUACCAAGGAGGUCAUUGAAAUGGAGAAAAAGCUAUAUGCAGCCAAGAUGGAGAUAAAUCAGCUUCGAACGAAACUAUCUGUGAUGGGAAAGUACGCUGGCAUCCUUCACAGCUCUAUAUUUGGGAAACCGUUUGAUGAUAAACAAGAUAUCCCUGCCUCAGUGCACAGUGGGGGUACGUUUGAAAUAGCAAAGGAGUGGGAAAACAUGUUGGAGUGCUUGGAUCGUGGAAAGCUAGUGAGGCUAGAGUUGUUUUACAGCAACAUGCUUGCUGGUGUUAAGGAUAGCAUAUUGAAGAAACGGAUCAAGGAGAUCGUUGUCGAUUGCCUUGGCUCUUCCCGUUAAUGCAAUUAGUGAGUCCAUAGGUUUCUCCAAGAACAUAACUGUUGUAUAGUCAAAUGUUGUUUGACCAAUGUGAAUUAUCAAGUUGUGUUGUAAUUUGUUUUCAUCAUUUAUCCCAAUUGCGCGCCAGUGCAACUGAUCCCAUAGAGUUGGGAUUACAAUGGCCAACCGGUGUCUGGCCGUCUGGGAGGUGCAGUACAUGUGUUGUGCAGUACAUGCGAUGGCAUUUUGAAGAAAGAAAGAAAACCGUAUACCACCCCAAGAAAAAACAAUCUGCCAGCCGGCACUAUUGUUCUCCUCAUGCUUGAUGAGAAACUUCUCAGAGAGUUUCUAAAAUUGUGGUGCCAUGUAGUUAAAAUAAUGUGUAGACGAAGAUUAGAUGGUUAUUCAUGCCAGAAACUUGACAUUGCAACUUUAAAAAAACUAGGCGACGUAUACUAAGUUGAAGUGUAGUCAAUGUUCCAAUCUUUUCUAACAUUCAACUCUCAACUAUCAAUUGUUCGACCCCUCACUGUUUCAAC